AUGGUCCGAGCAUUUCGUGGACACGAUGCUGUGGUGCUGGCCUUGGGCUUCGCCGCUGAGGAGCCCCUCCCCGAGCUAGCUCGUGCUUCUGUUGAGGCCGGUGUCAAGAGGUUGAUCGCCUCGGGCUACGGCGUUGACACGACCAACGAAGAAGCCGUAAAGGUUUUUCCCGUUGCGGCUGAAAAAGCGCGUAUGGUUGAGCAUCUCAAGUUUCUCGAGCAGCCUGGUUGGUCUUGGACUGAGGUUGCUUGCGGGGCUUUCCUAGAUUUUUGCAUACAAGUCGGUUUCUUCGGUAUCAAGCCCGAGACCAAGAUAGCUGAGAUCCUGGAUGAUGGGGAUGCCAAGUUUACCGCCACGACCCGUGAUGGCGUCGGUCAAGCUGUCUCAACGUUCAAGACAGAUUUGAGGCGAAUUUCGAGAAACGGGGCAUCCUCGAUAACGACUUGUUGGGAGUGCCGCAGGAGAGCGUCGAGGAGGUUGUCGCACGAGUCAGGAAAGGGCACUAGGGCAAGUAAAAGCCCAAGCUGUUUGGAGUGCCAAAGUCCGAGACAAAUGCUAGCAGCAGCACGAGCAGAACUCGCGUCUGGUGAUUCAGGCGCCGGACCAAAUGGUGCCUCCACAAAACCGCCCAAGAAGCGCGUCCGCAAUUUCACGGCAGAUGAUCGGGCUGCACACCGGAUCUUUGAGAAGAAACGCCGAGAGCUGUUUCGAGAGCGGCUUAAUGAUCUGGCAAAAGAACUACCUGCACUAGCCGGCAAGAACCCCGCCAGGCUGUCAAAGCACGACGUGAUUGAUGAGAGCAUAUCACGUCAUAAGUUUGAGCGCAGUGUAUGCCUGGAUAUUAUACAGGCUUAUAGAGCCAUGGUUCAAGAGCGAGAUGAAUUGCUUGCUGAGGUGAAUACUUGGCGAGCUACGGCUGUGGUGCCUGAACGUCAUGCUACCAACACUCAGAUGAACCUUGAUAAACUGGCAAAGUUGGAGACCAGAAUUCAAGGUCAGCAGGCAGAAGGGUUUCGUCCAGAUGUCGAGGACUCGGCUCCGGUGGACACGAGCUACGCUAUGGUCAACGACCUCACUUCUCAGCCUUCUUUCUCUCCUCCAACCGAUUCUGUUCAUCCUGUACCAGCACCCCAUCCAGGCCUACUGGGCGUCGACGAAGGGAGUUUAAUUCCAAGCUCUUCAUUUGAACCAGCUGGCCCAAUAUCUCACCCGAACGAGCUUCUAAGCUCGACUAUGGCUCUAAUGGAUACGCAACAUUUACCAAACCAAGCUAUGAUGCUGCCACUGAAGAAUCCCAUGACCGAGCCCAGUGUACAUGCAAUUGUAGAACCACAACUAGAGAAUGGCAGGCCCAUCUCCAACUUGCACGACUUCCUUGCGGACACUUCAGGCGAUCAGAUAUCUCUCACAGGCUGGGGUACCGAUUUUCCUCUUUCAACGAUGGACUUUGGACCAGAUACAACACUUCAACAAUAUUGUUUCUAG